CUCAUGCUCUGCCCAGCUCCAGCCUUGGACCCUGCCCUCUCGUCCUAGCUGGCAGGCAAAGGACUCCCAGAAGCAGGAGCCUCUGCUAGGAUAGAGGACCCGGUGCUCCAGCAGCCGUCUGCUUUCUGCAGAAGUGUAUCAGGUCUGGCCAGUCCCAUGCGUGUGGUGGUGAUCGGUGCGGGGGUCAUUGGGCUGUCCGCUGCCCUCUGCAUCCAUGAGUGCUAUCAUUCAGUCUUGCAGCCGCUGGAUGUGAAGGUCUACGCAGACCGCUUCACCCCGCUUACCACCACCGAUGUGGCUGCUGGCCUCUGGCAGCCCUAUCUCUCUGACCCUAGCAACCCACAAGAAGCGCACUGGAACCAGCAGACUUUUGACUACCUCCUGAACCACGUCCAUUCCCCCAGCGCUGAGAAAAUGGGCUUGGCCCUCGUCUCGGGUUACAACCUCUUCAGCAGUGCUGUUCCGGACCCUUUCUGGAAGGACACAGUUCUGGGAUUUCGGAAGCUGACUCCCAGAGAGCUGGACAUGUUCCCUGAUUAUAGCUAUGGCUGGUUCAACACAAGCCUGAUCCUGGAGGGGAAGAGCUACCUGCAGUGGCUGACUGAAAGGUUAACAGAGAGAGGCGUGAAACUCUUCCAGCGCCAGGUGAAGUCUUUUGAGGAGGUGGCGAGAGGAGGUGCUGAUGUGAUUGUCAACUGUACCGGAGUAUGGGCAGGAGCGCUGCAACCAGACCCUUUGCUGCAGCCUGGCCGGGGGCAGAUCAUUAAGGUGGAGGCCCCUUGGAUGAAGCACUUCAUUAUCACCCAUGAUUCAGAAAGAGGCAUCUAUAAGUCCCCAUACAUCAUCCCUGGGCUCCAGGAAGUUACUCUUGGAGGCAUCUUCCAGAUGGGAAACUGGAGUGAAGUCAACAAUAUUGAUGACCAUAACACCAUUUGGAAAGGCUGUUGCAGGCUGGAGCCCACACUUAAGAAUGCAAGGAUUGUCGGCGAAUGGACUGGCUUCCGACCAGUACGGCCUCAGAUCCGCCUUGAAAGAGAACGGCUCCGAGUGGGACUGUCAAACAUAGAGGUCAUCCACAACUAUGGCCAUGGUGGCUAUGGACUUACCAUCCACUGGGGUUGCGCCCUGGAGGCAGCCAAGCUCUUUGGGGAGGUUCUGGAAGAAAAGAAGCUGUGUAGGAUGCCACAAUCCCACCUGUAAAGACCGUGGGGAUCCCUGUCUUCACCAAGAUUCUUCAACCCCUGGGCCAACUGAUGAAUGCGCUGCUCUGUAAGACGCUCCUUACCCUCACCCUAGCUCAGGCUGGUGUCCGGCCUGGAGUGAGCUCUCUCUGACCACUGAGUCUCUCCACCCUCUCUGGG